AUGCUUUCCCACUUUGAUGAAUAUUUGGAGGGGGCGGCGGGAAAUCGUUUUGAUUUUCUGCCUUAUCAGCAAAAAGUGUUUUGCAUCACCCUAGGCUUGCAACAUGGACACACUGUCACAAAUCAAAGACCAAUGAAAAAUAGGACAAAAAAGGGACGAUGUAAGGGAGACAGUGGUUUCAUGAAACCAUUCCCUUUUAAGUUCCAUCCAUUUUCCUUGUCUGAAGCACAUUUGUCCUUUCAUUGUGUGUUGCUGCACUUGGGAGUGUGUGAGUGUGAGUGUCACUGUCAUGGCAUCAUCCAACUGCUGUGUGAGCAACAAUUGUGCCACAAUUUUUAUUUUUUGAAAAAGGUUUUGAACUUUUUCCCCCCCCAAAUGCGUAAAUUAUAA